GAGCUUCUCCUGACCAGCUGUUCUCUGCUUCAGUCUGUCGCUUCGGGGAGGUUCUUCAUCAUGUUGAAGUUGUACUUCCUUGAGGUGGGAGCCCUGCUCUCAUUAAUCAUACCUCUGCUGGUUGACAUGGAGACAUGUCCAGCAACAGGGAUGCCCGGAAUGCCAGGGAUUCCUGGCCUUCCUGGGAGGGACGGCCGCGACGGGGAGAAAGGAGAAAAAGGAGAACCAGGGGGGCAGUUGGCUGGGUCCCUGAAGGGCCAGAAGGGGAACACGGGGCCAAAAGGAUCACCUGGUAAACGAGGUCAGAGUGGAGAACCGGGAAAACCGGGCCUUCAAGGUGAACCUGGAUUACCUGGAGAACCUGGAGAGCUUGGGACGGUUGGACUGGAGCAGCAGGCGGCCUUCAGUGUGGCCAGAAUGACCUCUGAACCUCCAGACAAAGGCGCUGUCAUUUUAUUUACCAAAGUCAUCACAGACAUCAACGGCGACUACGACACAGUGACGGGGCGCUUCAGGUGUCGAGUCCCGGGAACAUACUACUUUGUGUACCACGCCUCGUUGGAGAGGAAGCUGUGUGUGUUGAUGAAGCUGGACAACGUCAUCAUGACCACCUUCUGCGACUUUCGCCAAAACCUCAGACAGGUGACCUCGGGCGGCCUGUCAGUGUACCUGUCCAGAGGUCAGGAGGUUUGGCUGGAGACCAAAGAGUUUGUUGGGAUGACGUCGAAACCCAGCGGUUACAGCAUCUUCUCUGGAUUCCUGCUGCAUCCGCACUGACCCCCACAACGGAAAAGAAAAGAACAUCUUCUGUUGAUCCGUCUGCUUUUUUUAAAUUCUGUAUUUUCCAACAAAGUUUCAGUUUAAAGUUUGUCAAAUUAAAACAUUUAUAUUUUCAUAGCAGAUGAGAAAAUGCAAAUAAAGCUUUCUUGGUUA